AUGGCUAUAAGUAGCGUGGACCCAGCCACGCAAGGGUCGAUAGGGCCUGGAUGGUCCAGAAGUGAGGAUAUUGAGGCUGCCGAUGCCUGCACACCCGGACGCAAAAGAAAAGCAUACGGCCCAAUACCGACACCAACUCAAAAAAAUGCCGCCACCCGUCAGAAGAUCACCCGAGCUUGUGACUCGUGUAAAGUCAAAAAAACGAGAUGCACCGGCACCUUGCCUUGUACUAGGUGUACUCGCCUUUCACUCGCUUGUGAAUACAACGCUGCCUACUCGAGAGGUUUGCCUCCGGCUCCCUUACCAGGGUCACCUCUGACUCCGGGUGAUAAGGUUCGACGUGUUUCAGAUACCGGGCGUCUGUCUAGUGGGUCUCGGUCGAGGGGGAGUACGGGAAUUCUGAACUUGAACUCGAAUUCUAAUUCGACAGCAAAUCUGUUGGUUGAUGGUAGAGAUGUCUUGAGUAGUAGUUACCGGGGAACGAAACUGCAGCGCCAUGCAGCAGUAAUUUCUUCUCGGAACUCGCCUGAACCGGGCUCGACGGAUUUUGAGGGCAAUUAUCUUGGUCCUGCGUCUGGGAUCUCAUUUAUCAAUCGGGUCUGGAGUCGGUUGCAUCAUGAUGAACGUACGCAUAUUCCAGAUGAGCUGCAGAAUGAGUCUUCUAGGAAUACGGCCGUGUUCAUGUUUGGAGAUAAGCCAUAUACUUAUCCUGAAAAUUCGGACUUUGCCCUUCCGCCUAUUGAGAGGGCUAUGGAGCUGGUAGCUAUCUACUUUGACUUCUCCAUGGUCACUUAUCGAUUUUUGCAUCGGUGGAAUGUAGAGGGCUGGGUCAAACAGAUCUACGAGGAUAAUAUCUCUAUAUCAAAUCUGCCUGUUGGGAAUAUGGUAGCCCGGACGGCGAUUGUACUGAUGAUUUAUGCUGUGAGCACCCUUCACCAAGAUCCUGAAUCGGCAGCUGUGGCAGAGGCGCACAGUAAAAGUGAGCAUUGGUUUACCGCUGCCAAGUACUUGUCUUCUUUGGAAUCAGGCCCUCCGCGGCUAGAGACUAUUCAAGUACGACUUAUCCAAUGUCUUUAUCUUCUGUCAUCCUCACGGGCCAAUGAGUGCUGGUACUCGUUUGGAACCGCAUUGCAAGUUGUGACAGCCCUUGGACUACAUCGAAAAUGGCCUGCCAAGAUUUCCAAAAAUGGAUGCUCAUCUCUCGAGUUGGAGCUUCGGAAACGCAUAUUCUGGAGUGUAUACACUCUGGACAAGUAUCUUAGCAUCAUGUUUGGGCGACCUCGCUUACUUCAUGAUGAGGACAUUGACCAGGAACUACCUGAUGAGAUAAAUGACGAGGAUUUACUGGAAGAAGAUCCUAUGCAGCGAACAGGUGCCACGGAUAGUAUGAUGAUUGCCUCUGUUCUUCAUUACCGACUCGGCCGCAUCUUAGGAGAAAUCUCCCGUCAACUUUACAGCAUCAAUCCUCUCUCCCGCGACUCCCCAUUAGACACCGCCGUCCGUCUUACGUCCGAACUAGAAAGGUGGAAAGAAAGCGUUCCACCCCUCUUCAAUAGCGUCCAGCCUACCAGUCUAAUUCCACCACUAUGCCGCCAAAGCCAGGUCCUCCAACUGGCCUACUCUCACGCCAUGAUCCACGCCACCCGCUCAUUUCUCCUAAGCGACUUUACCGAUCUUAGUCGCAGACCCAGAGACUCCCACUCAAUGGUCAGCACCUACGUCCAAAAAUGUAUCCAAGCAGCCGAGGACACCAUGACCCUUAUAGACAGCCUCGCCCAACGAAGCGUCUUCAUCCAGUCCCUCUGGUUCACCCAUUACGUGGGCUUCUGCGCUAUCCUAGUUGUCUACAUCUACAUCAUCCAGCAGCACCGCCAGUCCACGGCCCCGAGUGCAUCCGUCGGGAGUCCUGCGGACACGGACAGAAUGCAGUACCUGCUUUCACUAGCAGAAACAUGUCAGCAGCACCUUGCAGAAGCGACACGGAAGAAUUGUCCCAGUCGACGGUAUAGUAUUAUUCUCGAGGAGCUGAGACGGGAAGUUCAUAGGCAGAUGGGCUCGGAUGAUCAGUCGGGUAGUCUGGCCCCGACACCAGUUGUGUCGAAGCCGGAUCUCCGCUCGCAGAUUCUUACCGGUGUUUCCAAUGGUGAUGAUCACCCAGUUCAAUUUGAUGCGAGGAGUCUUGACUUCGCGAGUAUGCCGGCUAUGUUGCAACCACCCGAGAUUGGGAUUAACCCCGUUGAGGAUGCUGGACUUCUCGAGAAUCUCGAGGGCUCUUAUUGGUGGGCUCAGCUAGACUCAUGGCCCGGCAUGUCUAGCCAGUCUUGA